AUGACAUCAUCCUCCUCCAAUGAAGUUGUAGUCAUGAGGGACCCAGAAAAGGGGUAUGCAUUGUGCAGAGAAUUUGUAACAGCAACCAUUCUUCCACGUUUUCGUAGAGCUGUUGUUCAAAUGUUGACCCUUCCAAAUCAUUACAUAAUAAGCGCGUUACAUGAAACAGUGAUAUCUAUUGAAAACGUUAUUGACAAGAAAAUUCGAAAAAUUAUGGUUGGAAAUAACCAUAGUGCCGAAUAUCUUAGAACGAGGGUUCUACAUUUUGCUGGAAAUAUACUGUUUAAAUCUGAUAUAGAGAGGAAAAUGAAAAUGUUAAUGAGCAAUGCAUUUAAAGUAAGCUUUCUUUUAUAUGAAACAUUGGAAGAAAAGGAUAACGAAAUAUCUGUUUGUCAUGAGUCUGUGCUUGUCAUGCUUCGAGAAACAGUAAUGCAUUUAAUAGACCCGAACAGUUUCGAUGUUAUGUCAGUCGUAUUCCAAGCUCAUAAUCAAGCAGUGUGGCAUAUCAUUGCUAAUAUGGCAAAACGUAAAUGUGCAAUAUCAACAGAAUUGAUAUCACUAUCUGAUAACACUAAGCGAUGUCAACGCAUUACGGAUUGGACUGUAAUAAUAGGUUUAUCACGAUUGAAGCCGACAAAAAAAACUCUUCAACAAGCAAUGGAAAAAUGUUUUAUAACUACGCUUGCUGAGAAGAUCUACAACUUUGUAAUAGUUGAAUAUCCGCAGUCAAGUGGAGUGAUCGAUGAUUUACGUUGUUGCAUGCAAAAUAAUGGUGGUUUUGGACGGAUGUUAUUGAUGGAUACAUUAACAAAAGAUGUCGAGCAGAGAUUGCUGCAAGUUGGCGUAGGGACAACAGAAAUUUUGGAGGGAUAUGCUAGUGCAGUCGAGUGCUUACGACGUUUGGAUCCAACAUGUGUAAUUAUGCAACAAAUAUGCUCUAUAAUAAGACAGUACAUCAAACAACGACCCGAUACGGUUCGAUGUAUAAUUACUUAUAUUACCGGUGAAAAACGGGAAGAACUUAGUGAGCAAUUGGCAAUGCGAAGAACGGCUUUUUUGGAUGAGGAAGAGUUGGUAGGAGUGAACGAUGAGCUUGUUCCGGAGCGUAAUUGGAUGGAUUGGCUGCCAGAUCCACCAGAUGCAAAUCCUUGUCAAAGCCGUCGAUAUCGACAGAAUGCAGAUGUUUUUAACAUGCUGGUAUCCGUCUAUGGAAGUAAAGAAAUAUUUGUGAAAGAAUAUCGUGAACUGCUCGCUGAACGACUCACGAAAUCCUGGAAUCGGGAUCCACAGUUUGAGCAACGUUAUUUGGAAUUACUUAAGCUUCGGUUUAGUGAAGGAGAAUUACAACAAUGUGAAGUGAUGCUGAAGGAUAUGCGUGAUUCGGAACACAUCGAUUGCUUAGUGGAUAAUUUGCUGCCAUUUCCAAUCAAUGCGCGAAUUAUAUCAUCAUUUUUCUGGCCAAAGAUUGAAAAUGAAGAGUUCACGAUGCCACAAGCAUUGAUGAUUGGCUUGGAUGAGUAUGCGCGUGGAUUCGAAGCACAUAAGGGAUCUCGAAAGUUGGAAUGGAUGAGUGCUGUUGGCUCUAUCGAAUUGGAAGUAGAAUUGGAUGAUGUGAAGGCUGUAGUUGCUGUAUCACCAGCUCACGCUGCUGUUUUAUCAUUGUUUACUAAGAAAGAAACUUGGACAGUUGAUGAAAUGGCAGCUGAACUAAAAAUGGACAAACGAAAUGUUAAAAAGAGAUUGGAAUGGUGGCAAAACAGUGGUGUUGUAUAUGCUUCUGCGGGCGAAAGUGAAGCAAAAACCUGGCAUCUUGCAAGUGGGACAUCAAAAAUGGAACGUUUGCAAGUUGAACACGAUAUGGAAGAGGAUAUAUCAGAUGAUGACAAAAAUGAAGAUAUGGAAGCAGUUGAUGCAUUGGAGCAAUACUGGAUCUAUACUAAAAGUUUCAUCGCUAAUCAGGAGCCUGUCAAAGCUGAGCGGUUACAUACCAUCUUCAGAAUGUUUGCAAGUCCAGGACAGCAUGGACCCACAUUGGAGGAUGUUGUUGCAUUUUUGCAGCGGAAAGUGAAACUGAAUUUGUUAUCUUGUGUAAAUGGAUUAUACAAGGUUGUAAAAGAUGCACCUGCUCAGUAA